UUUUUUCUAGUGCUCUUUUUCUGUUGAGUUCAAGGAGGGUAUUUUUAGCCUGAUGGCAGUGUGUGGCCAAUUGCCUCUCAGCUCCUGGUAAUGUUCUUGCACUACGUUAUCUGUAUUUGGUGCAAUCACCCCCCUCCUUCCCCACCCCAGGGGAGGUCGGAGCCCUGUUUUAAGUGCUGUGUGCCCACUAAAUAGAGGUGAGGGGCAAAGGGUGCUAGCAGAGUUAGGCUGGUCUAGUUCCUCCUCUACCUUGGGCCCUCUCAGUAGUUCUGGCCCAGCUGGACAAAAUGCACCAAAAGGAGUGAGCUGUGGGCAUGGAUCAUAGGUGUCAGCCUGGAGGAGACCUCGUGUGAUUAACCUUCAGAGUGCGUGUGCACAUGCGUGUGUAACAAGACCCAGUCCAAGAGCAGGUCAGUGCCUCCAGGAGUCCCUCACUUCAUCCGCAUUGCCCCAAACAAGCAAAAAUGUAAUCGUUCACCAUGCCCGUUUGAUUGCUAUGGGUGUGCCCCUCUUCCCAGGCUGCCUGGAGGGGUUGGACCCCACGACCAGGGAGCUGCAGUGGGAGGCUGUAGUUGGGGGGGUAGCCCCAUGGGUCUCUGAGGUGAGACAUGAGCCUCGGUUCUUUCCUUCUGUCCCCCGCAGCAUGGACAAGGACAGCCAGGAUGUCCACCAGGUGCUGAAUGAGCUGAAGACCAAAUUCCAGGAGAUGAGGAAGAUGAUCAACACCAUGCCUGGCAUUGGCGUGAGCCCCGAGCAGCAGCAGCAGCAACUGCACAACCUGCGGGAGCAGGUCCGGACCAAGAACGAGCUGCUGCAGAAAUACAAGAGCCUCUGUAUGUUCGAAAUCCCCAAGGAGUAGACAGGAAGUGACAGCUCCCCUGAGCUGGGACCUUCUCCCUGCUUCCCUGCUCUCCUGCCUUGUCGCUACCAAGUGCCAGCUGCUUGGGGACAGGGAGUCUGGAGAACAUGCUGUACUGUAGCACGGUGGCAGCCGUGGGUUUGCUUUGAUCUGCCCUGGGACUGUGUGUAUUGAUACCCAUGCCUGUUCUUUUUCCCCACUAAUGCAGGCAGACAGAAAGCCUUGCACUCCCCCCCGCCCCCCUCACCACAGGGGUGAAUGAGCUGGGGGUUAUCUUUUCUGUGUCGAACAGUUACCCCCGGGCACAGGGCGCGCGUGCUGCCACUUUGCUCAGCUCUGCCUCUGGCCGAAGCAGUCGAAUGCUGAGAGGAGCAUCACGAGCCCCCGGCACCUGGGACAAGACCAUUCCCCGCGUGCGUAUGCAGUUGGGGCCUCUUGGGAGAGAGGGGCUGCUUCUGUAGAGGAUGUUUUGUCCCUGUAGGGGUCCCAGUAAAGAUUCCUACGCUCUGAA